UAUAAAGAACGACAGUGAGGAGAUUUUGGGUGCCUUGGACUGAGUCUCUAAUCAAAGUUCAAACUGGACCUGGACGAAUUUCAGCUGUUUAAUUUUUCAUCGUGCAUCGCGGCUCGUUCUUUUUUUUUCGCAUUUUAAAUUUGUCUGGCGUUGCGCGGGCUUGGUUUCUCGCUCUCUCACCGCUCGCUGAGCCGUGUCAUGAUCGGAGUUAACUGUCCAAAUCGCCUCAGAAAAAUGAUUCUGGUUUGGAGCCUCGGCUUGCUUUUGACAAUUCAAGGAGUGACGGCGCAGCGGGUGAAGGUGGAGCCAGAGGUGAUGUCAUAUCCGGGCGAGGCCGUCAACCUGAGAUGUCAGUUCCCGAACUCUGCCGACACGCGGCUCACGCAGGUGACGUGGAUCCUGGAGCCCACAGACGGUGAGCGGACUAACAUCGCCGUGUUUCACCCGACGUUUGGCGUAAAUUACCCAGCGUCUCCAGUUGCGGGCCGAGUCACUUUCACCCAGAGCCCGCCCUCCCUGGAGAAUCCGUCCAUUCAGAUCAGAGAUGUGAAGAUGACGGACGAGGGGCGGUACAUCUGUGAAUAUGCCACGUACCCCAGUGGCACCGAACAAGGCGUCACCAACCUCAUCAUGCUGGCCAAACCCAAGAACUCCGCCUCUGCCGUCACCGUGGUCGCCGGCACCGCCACCGUCGUUGUCGCUCGCUGUGAAUCGGCCAACGGUCGUCCAGCCUCCACGCUCACCUGGGUGACGUCGGUCAGCGGCAACGGUACGACGCCGGUCAAGACGAUGAACGCGGACAACACGGUCACAGUGAAGAGUGAGUACAGACUGGUCCCCACGCCCAAGGACAACGGCAAAGAAGUCAGCUGUGUCGUCAGACAUCGCACACAGAAACAACCAGAGAGUUUCCCCAUGAAGCUCUCCAUCGAGUAUCCCCCGGUGGUGAAAAUCAGCGGCUAUGACAAUAACUGGUACGUCGGUCGCACCAACGUCCUCCUGACCUGUGAGGCCCAGAGUAACCCCUUCCCAACCACAGUCGUCUGGAAAACUUUGACUGGGGUGAUACCUGAGACGGUGCAGAUUAAAGAGAAUAAACUGACUGUGUUGAAAGUAGAUGAGUCGGUCAACACCACAUUUAUCUGUGAGGUGAAGAACAGACUGGGAAUCGGCAAAGACCAAGUCACCGCUAAUGUUAGAGAGCCCCCAACUGUACAGUCUAAUGCGGGGGUGGUGGCGGGUGCGGUCAUAGGGAGCCUCCUGGCUCUCCUGUUGGUUGGCGCCAUCAUCGGCGUGCUGGUGACCCAUCACCGCCGGCAGCAGCAGGGCGGUUACCGUGGCAACGGCAAGAGCCACGGCUCCGCCUAUGACAUCAAGGCCCGCCUCUUCGGACCGAGCAAGAACGGAACCAACGGCGGCGGCGGAGUGGGCAACAACAACGGGCCGAUCUACACCUACCGUGACGGGCCGGAGGCGGGGCUAACAGAGAAGUCCAAUCACGGGCUGCAGCAGCACCAGGGGGGCGUGGCCUUGUUGUCGACCACGCCCACGGCCCAGGACAUCCUGCUGAGCGGGGAGAUGGAUGAGGCGGAGCGGAGGAAGUUUGACGAGGUGGAGAUGGAAGAGGACGAGAGGUACGAUCACUUUGACAGGGCGGGGCCCAUCCUACAGCUCCGCCCACACAACGAGGACCUGACGGGCAGUUACAUCGACGACGACAUGGAAUCCCAGAGAGAUGGAUCGGUGAUCUCACGGACAGCUGUUUACGUCUGAGAAAAAGGAGGUGGAGAGGCAGAUGAAAGGAGGAAUGGAUGGAUGGAUGGAUGGAUGGAUGGACGGACAAAGAAAGAGGAGGGUCAUCCCGAUUUCAAAGGAUGAGUUCUCCUCCUGUUAAAAAAUUUCACUGUUAUUUCAAACUGAAGAAAAAAAUAUUUAACAUUUUAAGAUCACCACCCAGAGAGAGAGAUGGAUGGAUGGAUGGAUGGAUGGAUGGGUGUGUAAAGAGAAUGGACAUAACGGAGGGAUUUAGAAGAAGACGGAAAGAAGAGACUGUUUGGUGUUCCAUCAAAGAGAGACGGAGAGAAACAUGAUCCGCCUGUUGUCAGUUCCUCUCGUGGUUGGCAUGGUGACGUGAAUAUGAGACUCUUAAUGCGUACACACUAUUUACUGUUGUUCCCCACCAAACACACACACACACACACACACACUCUCACACACACACACACACACUCACUCUCUCCUAAUGAAGCACCAUGCAGAGGA